GCACUGUGGGCCGCGGGCGGUGGGAUGUCGGGCGGCGCGGCGCGGCGGUACGUGGCGGCGGCGCUGGGCCGGGCCCGGGCCCGCGGGCCGCCCCCGCUCUGGGAGCCGCCCCCCGCCCGCCAGCUGCGGGCUCUGGGCACCGGGGGGACAGCGGCGCUGCCGCCGCUGCUGCUGCCGCCGCGGCGGCACCUCUCGUCGCGGAACCGUCCCGAGGGCAAAGUGCUGGAGACCGUGGGGGUGUUUGAGGCCCCGAAGCAGCACGGCAAAUACGAGACAGGCCAGCUGUUCCUUCACAGUGUGUUUGGCUAUCGAGGAAUAGUCUUGUUUCCCUGGCAAGCCAGGCUCUAUGAUCGGGAUGUGGCUUCUCCUGUCACAGAAAAGAGCGAGAAUGUGGCAGGCCAUGGUUCCAAAGAGGUCAAGGGCAAAACACACACUUACUACCAGGUGUUAAUAGAUGCCCGGGAUUGUCCACAUAUAUCCCAGAGAUCACAGACAGAGGCAGUGACGUUCCUGGCCAAUCAUGAUGACAGCAGAGCCCUCUAUGCCAUCCCAGGUUUAGAUUAUGUAAGCCAUGAAGACAUCCUUCCCUACAGCUCCACAGAUCAAGUGCCCAUCCAGCAUGAGCUCUUUGAGAGGUUCCUCAUGUACGACCAAACAAAAGUCCCACCUUUUGUAGCAAGGGACACUCUGUGUGCAUGGCAGGAGAAGAACCACCCCUGGCUGGAGCUCUCGGAUGUGCACCGAGAAACCACAGAGAACAUCCGUGUCACUGUCAUCCCCUUCUACAUGGGCAUGAGGGAAGCCCAGAAUUCCCAUGUCUACUGGUGGCGCUACUGUAUUCGCCUGGAGAACCUGGACAGUGAAGUGGUGCAGCUCCGAGAGCGGCACUGGAGGAUAUUCAGCUUGUCUGGCACCUUGGAAACGGUCCGGGGCCGUGGGGUUGUAGGAAGGGAGCCAGUUUUGUCCAAAGAACAGCCAGCAUUUCAGUACAGCAGCCACGUCUCCCUGCAGGCAUCCAGUGGUCACAUGUGGGGCACUUUCCGGUUUGAGAGGCCUGAUGGCUCCCACUUUGAUGUGCGAAUCCCACCCUUUUCCCUGGAAAGCAACAAAGACGAGAAGACCCCUCCCUCUGGCCUUCACUGGUAGAUCAGAGUGCCCAGAGCCACGGAGGCCUGUGUGUGUUGUAGACCUUUGCCUCCCCUUUAUGCUGCAGCCAAGAACACAGAGCUUUUAAACAUUUUAAACCAUUUUUGUUUUAACUGUUGUCUGCCGGGGAGGCUUUUUUUGGAACUUUACUACUGGCUCUUCUCUCAGGCUGCUUGUAAAACAUAAGCUGUUCCAGGUAACCUUUCCCUCUGUGGCACCUGCUGGGUGUUUGGGGCUGGGGGAUGUAGAUCUGUGCUGCUGCAGAAGACUGGCCCCCCUCAGCAGGCCUGGACCCUUUCCAAUGUGUUGUGACUUCUCUGCAAUGUGAGGUUUCUCAAUAAACUGGCCCUUCCAGUUGCAACCAGGUCUUCCUUCCUAAACCAAGGCUAUGGCUUUGCAUCCAGCCUGUCCCAGCUUGUUGCUCUCCCCAUGUGGAGUCAGCCCAGAGUUCUUUCUGCUUCAGAAGCAGCUGCUCCUCCUUUAGGGAACAGAAAUGUGAGCUCAGCUUUCCUGCAGUGCAGCUGCUUUUUGGCAUUCAGCCAGGGUUGGAGCAGGCUGUGAGCUCCACUCAUGGCACAGCUUGUUUGGGCUUUGUGCUGUGAUACAAAGCCCAUUUUUUUUCUUUUUUUUUUUUUUUUUUUUCUUUUUUUUUUUUUUUCUUGGAGAAGAGGGUGCAGAGUGGACAAGGUGGGUUACAUAUGGUGCUGUCACAGUGUCCUGUGUGUGCAGAGCUCCAGGCUCUGUGUUGUGAUGGUACAGGAGAGCUGAGGGGAGCCCUCCCCCUGCCAGGGCUUUGCCUUGCUGCAGGGAUUUACAUCUCAGCUGCUGCAGGGUUCUUCCCUGCCCACACUGUGGCUGCAUCUAUAUUUCCUUGAUAGUUUCUGCUUUGACAGGAAUGCUUGUUUUCUCCUGGAGUGCUGUCAGCCAGUGAGGCAGUGCUUGGCUUUCUGCUUCUGCUUGCUCUCCUUGGCAGGUUUUGAUUUUUUGGUGGCAUGUGUCUGGAGGGCCCUUCAGGAAUGUGCAGGUCAGUGGAACCCCUCUAAGAUGACAAUGUAUGGAUGUGUGGGAAAGCCAGAGCAGCUCUGAGGAUUGCAGAGAUCAUCAGCCUCCAUGCUGUGGGACCCUUCUGACUGUCUCUGGGUUUCCAGACUUCUGGGUGACUCUGCUCUGUGGUAACCCUAGGGAGUUUUCAACCUUCCUCCUUUCCCUUAAAUGACAAGCUGUAACUAACUCACAGGAUGUUUUCCUUGAUUUAGAAGUACCCCAGUUGUUCCCUCUUCCCUGGAACCCCCUCUGAGCAGCCUGUUUGCCUUUGGCUCUGCAAGGCAGAGCUGUGGCAGUGCUGUGGGCAAACAGCCUUUGGGGCAGACUCUCAUGCUGUCCCACAGCCAGUGGAUUCCUGUUUAGAGAAACUUAAUCACUGCAAUGUUUAUCUGUCACCAGUCUCUUCAAUUUUCUGUCUUCUUUCCUCUCAGGUAGUACGUGCUCAUAUUUAGAGUUUCAGAGGUUUAAACAGCCAGUCUGCUUUUAGGGGUAGAAAAGGAUCCCUAAAGACCAUUCACAGCUGACAACCCCACAUUGCUGCUGUCAUGCUGAUUUCCUCUCAGGAGGAGGAGGUGGGAAGAUGCCUCAAGUUCAGAGGCAGCAGGAACCUGCUUUUCCCUUCCCAUGCAGCUGCCCUGCCUCUCCCUCGGGUUGCUUCAGCGUUACUGGCGAUUGCAACACCCCUGUGAAUGUUUAACCUCGCUGCUCAGCCACGCCGUCCUGGGGUGCUGCGGCUCUGAUGCUUUCUGUACCAGCAGAGAGCUGCACCCCUAAGGGAUGGAGUGAUCCUGGGGCAGGGGCUCUGCUGGGGUUUGGGGUGAUGUCCCACCGGGGCUGAAGCCUCUGCCCAGGAACGGACAUUCCUGGCUGGAUAAUGAUUGGCAAAUGCGAGGUCACCGCGGUAACAGAUCGGGGCGCGGGAGGAAUGUUUCCACUCGAUCAGGCUUGUCCUGCCCUUGGCGCCUGGGCGCGAUGCCAGAGGCUCGGCAGGGCCUUUCCCCAACUGCUUCAUCCCCAGGGCCCUUCCCGGAGCGCGGCCGAGCCCUGUCCCCCUCUCUGUGUAAAUACCUGUACAAAGAACCAACCAAUAAAGCGCUGAACGAA